AUGCUGCUGUUGAUGGACGAUUGUCUGGAAUCACAACGAUGCCUGAACUUGCCAGGAUCGUUCAAAUGUAUCCGAACGCUUUCCUGUGGUACCGGCUACGCAAUGGACUCAGAAACGGAGGAGUGCAUUGACGUGGAUGAGUGUACCCUUGGUGCCCAUGACUGUGGUCCCCUCUAUCAGUGCCGCAAUACUCAGGGAAGCUACAGAUGUGAUCCGAAAAAAUGUGCUCAAGGUGAGCUACAGAACCCUGUGACGGGUGAAUGCACCAGCAUUGAGUGCCCUCUCGGAUAUUAUCCUUCCGGUGGAACAUGUCAUGAUGUUGACGAAUGCACCACUUUUGAACAACCUUGUGGUGUAAAUGAGGAAUGCUUCAACACACCCGGUUCAUGGAGAUGUCAGCUGAAGGACAAUAUAUGCAUAGCAGGCUACGAAUUCAAUCCAGCCACUGGAUUGUGUGAC